GUUGCACUUCACAGGGGACUUUGAGGACACUGGAAAACACUCGGCUCUUUCUAACAAGUACCUUACCAUUUUCUUUUUUGAUACCUAAAUGCAUUGUAAAUUAAUAUUUAAUUCAAAUUAUUUUUAGCUCAUUCAUUUUAAUUUUUUGAAAAUCUUUCUCCUAUCUGGUGAUUUACACUUUCUAGUAUGAAAAUAUUUCUUCUCAUUGUGCUUGCAGUGUUUUCUUUCUAGGCGUACAACAAGUGUUUAUAUGUGUAAAUAACACUAAUAAUCUGGCAAUUGGAAUAAUCUGGAAGUGUGAUGGCUUUGAAUAAUACAACACUGCAUUCCGGUAUCAUUAACCCUUCUCUGAAAAAAAGUGAGAGAAUAUUAAUAGUGCAAGUGUUAGUGAUGGUCUUCCUCUAUAUCAACUCUCUCCUCAUUUUCACCUUCUUCAAAAAGGAAACCUUCUACACCAACACACGUUACAUUUUCUUUGCUCACACCCUGAUUUGUGACUGUGUUUUUCUUUUCCUGUCUGACCUUUUGCUUUUACUGAUCUACUUUCAAAUGCCAAUGCCUGCCGGACUGUGUGUCAUUAUCUGCGUGGUAAUGAUCAUUCUGACUUUUGCUACACCGCUCACCCUGACGGCUAUGAGUGUGGAGCGCUACGUGGCCAUCUGUAUGCCUCUGAGACAUGUUGAGAUCUCUACUCCUCAUCGAGCUCUGUACGGCAUCCUGGUCAUCCACGCUUUCAGUAUCCUCCAGUCAUUUGUUGUUCUUCCAAUUUUUGUAGUCUCAGUCCCACUCAGCUUCUACAUCACGGACAUGAUUUGCAGCGUGGAAAUGCUCAUAGUGAACAGCUGGCAAAGUCACCUCAAGUCUGCAGCCUCGCAGUUCUACUUUCUCAUCAUGAGCAGCACCAUCAUCUUCACCUACAUCAAAAUCUUGAAGGCUGCAAAAAUGGCCUCGACGGAUACGAAGAAGAAAUCCACCUCCAAGUGCCUCAAAACUGUUAUUCUUCACGGUUUUCAGCUUGUGCUCAGCUUGUUCCAGCUAUGGUGCCCUUUCAUAGAAAUGGCUGUGCUUCAAAUCGGAAAUCUGGAACUGUUUAUACAUAUCAGGUAUUUUGAUUAUCUUGCUUUCAUUCUUGCACCUAAAUGUCUUAAUCCCCUGAUAUAUGGUUUACGGGAUGAUCACUUUUACAUUGUUUUGAAACACUAUGCUUUUUGUGGGUUAAAUAAGAAAAUAUAUCCCAAGUUUAUUGAUCAAUAGUCGUUCAAAAUUUAAGACAAAAUCAUGUAAAAAUAUUUAGCCAUGUAUCAUAAAAUUAUAACUGUUAAAAACUGCAUCCAGUGACACUGGAACCGUGUAAUUAAAAAUCAAUGCUGGAUUAUUGGAAUGUACACAUAUUAUGUUUUUACAAAAUCUUUAAUUAACAGGGGAAAUUGCUAUGCUGACUUUUAUACAAUUAAUGUUGGUUCUACAGAUGUCCGUAUACAGGCAUGUCUUGAUUAAAUAUUUUAAUAUUCACAUUUAAUAAACUCUGAUACCUUAUAUGGAAACUGAAAAAUAAUUUGUUGCAAUUAUAUGAUUUCAGAUGUUACUCAUUCUGUGCAAGAAGGCAGCAGUGGGUAUCUCCGUGAUAAACCAUUUGAAUACCAAAGAAUUAUUACAGCCACAGCUACCAACUUGUUUUAACAAAUGAAUAAUAACCAUACAGGCCUUAUUCAUAAACUCACAAAGAAGCCUAAUUCACAAACACAUAAACUCACAGAGGCCUAAAAAUGCCACAGCACAUCAGCACCAAACAAACUCCAUUUAACAGCUCGAUAUACGUCCGUAAUUUUUCAUUUUUGAAAUCUGAGAAAAAAAUCCAUAAAUGUUGAAAGUAAAUUAAAAUGUAAUUCUGUUUAAUAUAAAUGUGGGUAGCACUAUGGCCUCAGACCUUCUGUUC